AGCUUGAGAAAAAGAGCAUGCUUCUUCUUUGGUCCUUUUCUUUGCUUCUCCACUGCUGAUUAAAGCCACCACUCACCAAACUGCACUGUCUUGCUGCUCCUCCUGCUCCACUUUUCUCAGCACAAUGCCCAUAAGACAGAUGAAAGAGUGCUCAGAACAAGUUCUUGUUAUCAACAACAAUAACAACAACAACAACAACAACAAUAUGAAACAAGUUGGCAUUGCCAUGACAUCUGAGGUUCAAAAUCCAAAAGAAAAGAACAGAGGGAGAAGAAGAAGAGGAAGAAGAGGAGGUAGUAGAACAGAAAAGAUUGAACAUCAAAUCCCAAAUGUAAACAACCUUGAGAAUGACACAGUCAUGGACUUGCCUUCUUCCACAAAGUCUGUGAGAUUUCCCACAAGGCCUGGUUUUGGCCAAGCUGGUACUAAGUGCAUUGUAAAAGCCAACCAUUUUUUUGCUCAGCUUCCUGACAAGGAUUUGAUCCACUAUGAUGUAUCAAUCACUCCAGAAGUUGUGGCAAAGAGUGUAAACAGGAGUAUCAUGGCAGAGCUUGUGAAGUUGUACAGGGAGUCUGACCUUGGGAUGAGAUUGCCAGCAUAUGAUGGAAGGAAGAGUUUGUAUACUGCUGGAGAACUCCCUUUUACUUCCAGGGAGUUCAAAAUCAAGCUUGUUGAUGAGGAUUAUGCAAGCACUGGUCCAAAAAGGGAGAGGGAGUAUAAAGUGGUGAUAAAGUUCGUCGCAAAAGCAAACUUGCACCAUUUGGGCCAGUUUUUAGUCGGGAAGUGCUCUGAUGCUCCACAGGAAGCUCUUCAAGUUCUUGACAUUGUUCUAAGAGAGCUUUCGAGUAAAAGGUACUCUCUUGUUGGAAGAUCCUUCUUUUCUCCUGAUUUUAAGAACCCACAUCGGUUGGGUGAUGGUUUAGAGUCAUGGUGUGGAUUCUAUCAGAGUAUAAGACCAACCCAAAUGGGUCUGUCCCUUAAUAUCGAUAUGUCUUCAGCAGCAUUUAUCGAACCGUUGCCUGUUAUUGAGUUUGUUGCUCAACUUUUGGGAAAGGAUGUGCUCUUGAGACCAUUUUCUGAUUCUAAUCAUGUGAAGAUAAAAAAGGCACUUCGAGGAGUGAAAGUUGAAGUUACUCACAGGGGGAAUAUUCGACGAAAAUAUAGAAUAACCGGAUUGACAUCACAACCUACUAGAGAACUCAUGUUUCCAGUUGAUGAUCACUCAAUGAAGUCGGUGGUUGAAUACUUCCAAGAAAUGUAUGGAUUCACCAUCCAACAUACACAUCUUCCUUGCCUUCAAGUUGGUAAUCAAAAGAAGGCUAAUUAUUUACCGAUGGAGGCAUGCAAAAUUUUAAGCGGACAACGGUAUACAAAAAGAUUAAAUGAAAAGCAAAUAACUGCGCUAUUGAGAGUCACAUGCCAACGACCGAAGGAUCGGGAGAAUGACAUUCUUCAGACAGUUCACCAUAAUGCGUAUGAUCGAGAUCCAUACGCCAAGGAAUUUGGAAUCAAGAUCAGUGAAAAACUAGCAUCUGUCGAGGCUCGUAUUUUACCUGCACCUUGGCUGAAAUACCACGACACCGGGAAGGAAAAGGAUUGCUUGCCUCAUGUUGGCCAGUGGAACAUGAUGAACAAGAAAAUGAUUAAUGGCAGCACAGUAACUCGAUGGUCAUGCAUUAACUUUUCCCGAAAUGUUCAAGAGAGUGUAGCACGAGCGUUUUGUAAUGAGCUUGCUCAAAUGUGCCAGAUAUCAGGCAUGGAUUUUAAUUCUGAACCAGCAAUUCCAAUUUAUGUGGCGAGGCCUGAUCAAGUUGAGAAAGCUCUGAAGCAUGUUUAUCAUGCAUCGGUAACCAAACUAAAAGGAAAAGAAUUAGAGCUAUUACUUGCCAUUUUGCCUGACAAUAAUGGCUCUUUGUAUGGUGAUAUCAAAAGAAUAUGUGAAACUGAUUUGGGCCUGAUAUCACAAUGCUGCCUCACUAAGCAUGUGUUCAAGAUUAGCAAACAAUACCUUGCGAACGUUUCCUUAAAAAUCAACGUUAAGAUGGGAGGAAGGAACACUGUUCUUAUGGAUGCAAUCAGUUGGAGAAUACCAUUGGUUAGUGAUAUACCGACGAUAAUAUUUGGAGCAGAUGUGACCCAUCCAGAGAAUGGAGAAGACUCUAAUCCUUCAAUUGCUGCUGUUGUAGCUUCACAAGAUUGGCCUGAAAUAACAAAGUACGCCGGAUUAGUCUGUGCACAGGCACACCGACAAGAACUCAUACAAGAUUUGUAUAAGACAUGGCACGAUCCUGUUCGAGGCACAAUGAGCGGGGGCAUGAUUCGGGACCUCUUGAUCUCCUUUAGAAGAGCUACUGGACAAAAGCCAUUGAGGAUUAUAUUUUAUCGGGAUGGAGUAAGUGAAGGACAGUUCUACCAAGUCUUGCUGUAUGAGCUUGAUGCAAUUCGAAAAGCUUGUGCCUCGCUUGAACCGAACUACCAACCUCCAGUGACUUUUGUCGUCGUUCAAAAACGACAUCACACACGAUUGUUUGCAAGCAACCACAAGGAUCGAGCUAGCAUGGACAAGAGUGGGAACAUAUUACCCGGCACUGUGGUUGACACUAAGAUUUGCCAUCCGACCGAAUUCGACUUUUAUCUAUGCAGUCAUGCAGGAAUUCAGGGAACAAGUCGGCCGGCACAUUACCAUGUUUUAUGGGAUGAAAACAAUUUCACAGCAGACGGACUACAAACUUUGACAAACAAUCUUUGUUAUACAUAUGCUAGAUGCACUCGAUCGGUAUCUAUCGUUCCUCCGGCGUAUUAUGCGCACUUGGCUGCUUUUCGAGCUCGGUUUUAUGCUGAACCUGAAACUCAAGACAGUUGCUCAUCAAAUGGUUGUUUAAGGACUACUUGCGGGGCCAAUGAGACGGCGGUACGACCAUUGCCGGCUCUCAAGGAGAAUGUGAAGAGAGUGAUGUUUUACUGCUGAAGGUUUUAAAUGCAAGAAAAACAGAGCAUUGUAUAGAUGAAUUGUUGUGUAAUGUUUGCAAAGUGGUGGUUAAUUUAGUUGUUUUGUGUUGUGUA